AUGGCUGCGGAGGGGCCCCCAGACCCGUCGCCCCGCACCCCAGGCACCGCCACCCCCCCCGAGGAGGCUGCUGUGGAGGGAGAGACCCCGCAGGACCCGUCGCAAACAGCCCAGGACAGCGCAGCCACACGCCAGGGCAGGAGCUGCUGCUCAGAGGAGUUCGUCCUCAACUACACCUUCACCGUCUGCGACCCCGAGCAGACAGGGACGGUGCUGGCGUGGCGGGUGGUUGAGUACCUGCAGGCGGUGACAGGGCAGAGCAGCGAGGAGGGCCAGCUGCGGGCACUGCACCGCAUGCUGGACCCCGAGGCGGCUGGCGCGGCACUGGACUUGCCCACCUUCCGUGCCAUCAUGAGGGAGUGGAUCGCGUCGUGCCAGCAGGAAGGGUCAGUGCCGGGGGACCAGGGCCAGAAGGCGGUUCCUCGUGUACCGGCCGGCACAACCGACAGUUCCCAUCUCUCCAGGGGCCCACAGUUCGCCGAGGAGUGGGACGUGGCGGCAGGCGACCUCGGCCUAGUGCUGGCGGCGGGGGAAGGACGCACAGCCCAGGCAGCUGCACAGCUCGAGGGCGAUGGCGGCAACACAGACAUCAUGAGCCCCACCGAAGCCACUGGCCUGCGCCGCCAUGCCGAGCAGCUGGCCGCCCAGAACACCAAACUGCAGUGGGACGUCAAGCUGGCCGAGGAGCUCAACGUCCACCUGGCUGAGGAGACGACGCAGCUGAAGGCUCAGCUGCGAUGCAGCCAGCAGGCGCUAGAGCAGGCCAGAGCUACCGCCGAGGAGCUGGAGGACCUGAAGGCCGUGGCAAAGGGGCUGGAGGAGGAGAACAGCGAGCUCCGCCAGCAGACACGCCAGCUGGUGAGAGGCCCGGCCUCCUCACUCCCGGUGAGCCCCCGACUGCCACCGAGGUGCCAAGCCGGCACGCGGGGAACCAGCUCAGAGCCCCGCGUCUUCCCUCCCCAGGAAAAGGAGCAAAGGUGCCUGAGCUUGCAAGCCAACAACCUCCAGGAGGAGGUGAGGACACCACCGGGGGCCAUGGGGAAGGGGGCUUGCCCCGGCAGUGCCGGGGUUGCGGUGAACACCAGCCCCUUUUGCCCCAAGCAGAACCAGCGGCUGGUUGCCGAAGGCCGUGGGCUGAGGCAGCGGAUCCAGGCGCUGUCAGCCGAGAUGGCCGACCUGGAGGCCCAGCUCAGCCGCUGCACAGUGCUCCUCUCCUCCCGGGAUGUGGCCCUCGCCCAGGCGGGGUUGCGGGUAGAGGAGCUGACGGUGGCGCUGGAGGAGUACGACAGGGCGGUGCAGGAGCUGCGUCUGGAGACGAUGCGGCUCCGCGACCAGCUGGGCCGGAUGCAGGAUGCCUGGGCCAUGUACGUCGUCGCCGCCUCCACCGGGCCAGGAGGGACGCGUGGGCGGCCGUGGUGCCCACUCGGCGAGGCCGUCGUCCCAGCACAGCCGCUCAGCGCCGAGAUCGCAGCAACGUGCCGGGAGACGGGGGAAGCAGAGGAGGACGCGGGGACGGCGGCGCCCGGAGCCCUGGGGGGGGACGGUGAGGAGCCGGCGGAGCCGCAGCAGUGCCCAGGCCCCAGUGAGAG